AGCAUGUACUGCUCGAGCCUGUUCGUCCUAGUGGGGACGGCGCUAGCUGAUGGGUUAGAUGGCCCCAGAUCGGAGUUGUGCUUUGACGGGUCCGUGUACACCUGGGACUCCUGCUGCCUCUCUGACAACUUCAGAUGUUGGCUGCCAGCAGCGGGGCUUACCUUUGAGCGCUGCUGCGUGCUGUGGCCCGGCUUCGAUGACCCCAACGUGCUGCCCAAGCGCGAGGCCGCGGGGCUCCAGGUGGCGCGUUCUGGGCGCGAGAUCCUCUCGGUGGCGCAGGUUCUGAGCUCACGAGACGCCAAGGACAUGUGGGUGGGGGGCCUCCUGUGGCCCGCCGGGCUGGCGUUGGCGCGUUGGGCCGACUGCGCCGGCGACUUCUGGAGCUUUGACGGGCGCCCAAAGAUGGUGCUGGAGGUCUUCGCGGGAGUGGCACUGCCCAGCCUUGUGGCACAGUCUCACGGAGCUGAGGUGGUUGCGACGGACUUUUCGCUCCGCGCCCUGCGGGCCAUGGGCCGGUCCCUGCGAAACGGCACCAAGCGCCUGCGCCUCAACAUGCGGCAGGCGGCAGCGCUUCACAGUGCUGGCGAGCUCUUCGAGGGCACCUUCGAUGUGGUGCUGAUGUCUGCUGGAUUCCGGACAGCUGAGGACACUGAGGAGAUCUGGCGCUUCCUGGCGCGGGCGCUGGCGCCCUGCGGGCUGCUGAUUGUGGCCUCCGCCGAGCGCAGCUUCGAGCAGCUCACGGAGUCCUUGGAGGAGAGGAGAAGGGAGCACCUGUACACAGACCUCAAGGCCCACGUCGACUUGGACCUGCGAAUUCUGCAGCGCAAAGCCGCCUGCGCUCCUCCGCUUCCGCCGGCCGCGGCCGAAUGCGCCGCGACCGCGGCCUGGCGCCGCUUUUCGCCGGCGACGGUACUUUGCAGAGGGGCCAGUGUCUAA